ACCUGUGUACAUUAAUUUAGGUCACCAGUUAAUACACAUCAGACGUAAACAAAUUGCACAGUACAUGCUGAAUGUGCAUUGCUGCACAUGGUGUGCACAGAUAAUUCGAUAAUUCAAAUUCAUGCAAACCAUCUACCAAUAUCUUGUGUAUAAAACAGGGCAUAUAAUCGUACAUAUUUUCGUAUAAAUAUGGUACAAAGACUAAAUAUUGAAUAAGCGAUAUUGGAUUUUUUGAGGGUGUAAAAAGAUGUUAAAUGAAACUACAGUCACAGAGGGCUCAAAGAGAGUGAAAGAAAAGAAGAUUUAUUCAGAGGAAGGUAUUGAUGACGAUGAGAUUGAAGGGAAAAGAACGUACAGUGUGGAGGAAAAACUUAAAUCCACAAAAUACAACAAAGAAUUUGUUAAAAUAUUGAAAGGAGAAGAUUUUACUGUAAAGUAUUUACAAGAACAUGGGUUAGAGACACCAAUUGUUUUCCAUGAAAAGAGUGGUUUAGGUUUACGGGUACCCAGUGAGAACUUUAAAGUCAGUGAUGUCAAGCAGUGUGUGGGGAGUCGUCGGAUGCUUGAUGUUAUGGAUGUCAAUACACAGAAAGGGAUUGAGAUGUCCAUGAGAGACUGGGUCCAGUAUUAUGAGAAUACGGAAAGGUCAAGGUUACUGAAUGUCAUCAGUUUAGAAUUUAGUCACACCAAGUUAGAGAACUAUGUGGAAUCACCAGCUUUGGUCAGACAAGUGGAUUGGGUGGAUACAGUAUGGCCAAGACACUACAAAGAUUGUCAGACAGAAUCCACUAACAUAAUUGACAAGAUGAAAUACCCAAAAGUUCAAAAGUAUUGUUUAAUGAGUGUGAAGGGAUGUUAUACAGAUUUCCAUGUAGACUUUGGGGGAACAUCUGUAUGGUAUCAUAUACUACAUGGAAAAAAAGUAUUUUGGUUAAUUCCACCAACACCCAAAAACAUGGAAAUCUACUUAACCUGGGUGUUGUCAGGGAAACAAGGUGAUAUUUUCUUGGCAGACAAGGUUGAAGGAUGUGAGAGAAUUACAUUGCAUGCUGGGUACACUUUCAUCAUACCAUCGGGUUGGAUUCAUGGAGUCUAUACACCUGAAGACUCUCUAGUGUUUGGAGGUAAUUUUCUUCACAAUUACAACAUGGAGACCCAGUUAACUGUGUCUGAUAUUGAGGACAGAACACAUGUGCCUCAUAAAUUUCGAUAUCCAUUUUAUGCCGAAAUAGCAUGGUAUGUUUUGGCUCAAUACUUGUGCUGUCUGACAGGGAAGCAGUGCAUUGAACUACCUUCUGAGAAUCAGGAGGAUGAGAAAACAGAUUGUCAAGAUGAUUCUAGACCCUCGUCAAGAUGUUCACAAGAAAAUGGACAAAUGGAAUCAAAAAAUUCUCCGGAAAUUGGAACUUCAAAUAUUUCAAAAAGUAUUAAAAUAGAACUCACUAGAAUAGACCACCAAAGUGUGAAAAAAUCUCCUUCCGCUGAUGAUGAAAAAUCGGCAAUAAAGUUGAAACAAUCGCCACGUAAAUCAACAUCUGAUAGUUGUAGUUCUGCAGACACUGAAAUAUACGAGAGACCAGAUGAUAUUGCUGGUCACCAUGGUGAUAUUGAUUUUUCGAAUGUAUCAAAAGAAAUAACUUCCAAAGCAAGCAAACUGAAAAUGAACGAAGACUCAAAUAGUUCGUCAGGAUCAAUCGAAAUCAGACGAACGAAAAGAGAACGUAAGAAUGUUCAUUUAACUAAGUGGGAGAUAAAAGGAUUGAAAAAAAUGAUUGAAUGGUUGGAAGACUUACCUCCAUCUAAGAAAGGUAUCCCUAAAGACCUGAUUGACCCUGAGGGUGUACUCAGAGAGGCCAAACAAUUGGUAAUAGACCAUCUUCAAGACAAUUCACAGCUUGCAAUCACAGGAGAGGCCAUUACUUAUUGGCCACCAUCUAAAAAGGUAAUCAAACCAAAAAAGCAGUAUACUUCCACUGGACAGAAAGCACCCAAGGCUGCAAAGGGAAAAUUACAGAAGUCAGAGGUUGUGCGUCGUCGGAGAACAAGAUGUAAGAAAUGUGAACCAUGUACACGGUCAGAUUGUGGGGAAUGUAAUUUCUGUAAAGAUAUGAAGAAGUUUGGUGGAUCAGGCAGAAUGAAGCAGUGUUGUAAAAGCAAGCAGUGUCUUUCUCCUGUACUACCACACAAUGCCACCUGUUUGAUUUGUAACAAAGCCGACCAACCAGAACCAAACCAGUUAAUGGAGUGCAGUUUGUGUUGGGAGAUUAUCCACGUUCCUUGUUUACAUCAGAAGUACGAGAAUUUAAACAGCGAGGGUGUUAUCAACGAAGAUAUCAGACAGCAAUGGGAAUGUCCCAAGUGUUUACACAAUACGACAAAGGGACCACUACAGCUUAGGGUUAAAACUGAAGUGAAAAAUGAGGAUCCAAUAGCAGCACCAGUAGUAUCGAUACCUGAUGUCAAAAAUAUACCAAAGGAAACUGAAGGAAAACGGGUUACAGUCAAAGAACAGAUGCACUCUCCAAUAUCCUAUGCUAGUGAAACAGAUUUAGACGAAGUGGCUUUAGAAAUGGAAUGUUAUGAUGAUGCAGCUGUAUCACCGCAAAAAGUAACAACAGACAACCAGGAACCAAUCAAAGGGAAGAAAGAUGGUCUGAAAAAGAAGUUGACAGCAAAAAGGAAAAUAACUGAAGGAAUCAAAGUGAAAAAGUCAUCACCAGCAAUGUCUAAACAUAGAUCUCCUCUUAAAAUGAAGAAGUCUGUAACAAAUGUCAAAGCUUCUCCAUUAAAGAAAACCAUCAAACCUGAUGACCAUGGUGAUGUUAUUGAUAACCCUUUACCAACUUUAGAGGAAGUACAAGGGACACCCGAGGGAGAUAACCCAAAAACAAAUGGAGUUGCAAAAACACCAGAGUCUGUCAAAACAAGAUCUGGACGAACCAUUAAAAGGUCACCGACUCUGAGCGAUGAAAACAUGACCUCAGAUCACAUGGCUAAGCGACCGAGACGUGAGGCUCUUACAUCACCAAGGGGAAGACGUCUGUAUGGAUUCAAAAAGUUCAGGAGGUCUGCUGGGUCAAAGGUCAGAAAGAAAUUGUCGACAGAGGCAUUAGAUUUAGUUGAAAAUGUAAUGGACAUUGAUGUUCCUUCUACUUCAUACGUCGAACAUGGAGCCAAUCACACACCUUCAAAGUCAGGUUUCAGAGGUCAAGGUCAAGGCAAGAAGAGAAAAAAACUGAUUGACAGUGGACCAAAUAAUACCAACGAUUUGCAUAAACCAAAUAAACUGUUUGCACCUGGAAGAGGGGACAUAACUCCAGAAAUAAUACCCCCACUAAAAAUAGAACCCCUGAAAGAUAUAAAGCGAUAUGUGAUACGUCCCCCACCCCCACCUCCACCAGCGGACUAUGUUAUAAUGAACAAUGGUAAAAAUCAUCCACUUUGUAGAGAAAUAUGGAUGAAAAUAUUUGCUCAUCUAAAUCCAACAUCCUUGGUUAAAAGUUUGGGAUGCUGUAAAACAUGGAAUCGAUGGUGCAUGCAUCAUACAUUAUGGAAAACUAUAAAUCUCAGUGGAAAAUACAUUUAUCAAGUUCAUUUGAUUGGCAUUGUGAAACGACAGCCGUCAACAUUAAUUCUUAAAUCAUCAAAACUUACACAUAAACAGUUAGCUUGGUUAUUAGCUAGAAUUCCUCAGCUAAAAACUCUUUCCUUGUCUUCAUGUUCGUGGGCUGUUGUUAGUGCAUUAGGAUUUGCUGUUUGUCCUCUUUUAUAUUCUCUCGACAUCAGCUGGAUUACAAUGUCCGACGAACAGUUUCGGGACAUAAUUCGUCCCCCAGCAGACAGACACCCAGGGAUGGUAGAUAUUAGUCGUCUGCAUAAACUAAAACAUCUUUCUGUAGCAGGGACAGAAAUUUCUAAUACAUCGCUUUCAGAAAUUCCUAACCAUUUAACAUCACUAGAAAAAUUAGACAUCAGCUACUGCCCAAGGAUGACAGACGAUGGUAUCCGACAGUUACUGUUGCCAGGCAACUCUGUGACUCAGUCAUUGAUUGGCUUGGAUAUAAGUGGAUGUACAAAGAUCACGGAUCGUGCAGGGGAUUCAUUCCAACAUUGUACACAAUUACAAACAGUAAAAAUGGCUUCCUCUCCGCAUAUCUCUGCUAAGAUACGGAAGAAAUGUCCUGUGGUCUCUUUUAUCACACAAUCAUCAUUCCAGAUCACAUGACUUGUCACAUGAUAUGAGCUGUGCUGGAUAGAAAUUGACCUUAUGUUAGUCCUCCUGUACAUGUACAUUUAUAAGAUGUUGACAGUGUAUAAAACAUAAAGUAAUAGACUAACUUUG